AAAGUCAAUUUGACAUUGACACAAGAUCUUUAUUUAGAAAAUACGUAAACACAUAAAAAAAUCUAAUUUAAAACGAAAUUUAUAAAUGCUAACUUAAAAUCGUCAAUUAGAAUGCGAGAUAAUAACGAAAGUUGUCAUAGUAUAUAAUUUCAAAUAGUUAAGGCAUUAUAAUUUAGAGCAAUGGCGUUGUGUUUACAACCUAAAAAAUUAUUGCGUUAUUCCCUAAUGAAAACUCGAACUUAUUGUGAUAAUAAAUCAAUUUAUCAACGAAAUGAAGAAGGAAUACAACCUCGUACUGUACACGGGAAACCUUACCCAGAAUGGCGAAAGCCUUGGAUUCAACGAGAUGGUGAAUGGACUUCCAAAUUAUCGCUUUUCGUAGAAAAAAAUCCAAGCAUGAACAUAUUGCACGCUAUGAGCAAUGUACCUAAUUUAUCAAUUAAAAAAGUAAAGGAUUGGUGGGCUGAUAUGAAGGAAAUUCAAGAGAUACAAAAUCAGAUAUAUUUGCCCGAAAGAACAGCUGCUUUGGGCGCCAAUUUAGCUGCGAUACACUUUUUCACACAUCGCAACGCAGCAGUUAGGUUAAAAGGUUCAACACCAUGGAUUGUUGGUGAUAUUACAUCAUUAAAUUUACCAGACCGUUAUGUUGAUGGAUAUUUUGUUGAAGCAGUUGAUUGUACAAAUUUUCACCACAAUGGAAUCCGAUAUGAGGGAUUGAAAAAUUUAUCAGGUCUUAAUUACUUGAAAUGGCUAUGCCUUAGUAAUAAUAAGCACAUAGAUGUAUGGUGUCUUGACAGAAUAGCUGGUCAAAAUGGUAGAACAUUAGAAUAUCUUGAUGUAACUGGUCAUCAGUUAAGCCUAGGUUCAGUUAUUGCUUUUUCCAAGAUGUCGGCACUUAAAUUACUUACCAUAUCUGAUCCAGGUGACAACAUUGAAGUGCAAACCGCUUUAUCUAUACUUGAAGAAGAGAGACCUGAAUUAGUAAUAAAAAUAGCAGAUUGAUGUUAAGUUUAUAAUUAUCCUUAGUACAAUAAAAUGAAAUUGAUA